GCUGAAGCGGGAAGCGCGAGCUGCCCGGCCAUGGCCAGAGCGUGGCAGCACCCGUUCCUCAACAUCUUCAGAUACUUCAGGGUGGACGAGUGGAAGCGGUCCAGCAAGGAGGGCGAUGUGUCUGUGGUGACGGACAAGGCCCUUAAGAGUACCGUGUAUCGCAUCCAGGGCUCUGUCUCUGCCAGCAAUUACAUCCUGCUUCCCAAAACCAGCACCCAGUCCCUGGGGCUAACUGGGAGAUACCUGUAUGUGCUCUUCCGGCCUCUGCCCACCAAGCACUUUGCCAUCCACCUGGACCUGUCCACCCAGGAUGGCCAGGUCAUCCGUGUGUCAUUCUCCAGCCUCUUCAAGGAGUUCAGGUCCUCUGCCACUUGGCUGCAGUUCCCUUUUGUCUUUGAGGCUAGGACAUCCAGGAAAGACCUAGCAGGUGUGUCCCCCCCUUGUGCCCGCUGGACCUGCCUACAGCUCGACCUGUGUGACAUCUUGUCAGUCUACCUGAGCCGGCGCUACGGCCAUCUCAAGAGUGUCAGGUUGUGUGCCAACCUGCUGGUCAGGAACCUCUACACCAGCGACCUGUGCUUCGACCCCACUGUCAGUGUGGCUGAGGCUCGGAGGGCAAAGCUGCCAGUCACCCCUGUGCCUCGAGAAAUGGCUUUCCCAGUGCCAAAGGGGGAGAGCUGGCAUGACCGCUACGUGCAUGUCCGGUUUCCCAGGGACAACCCAAAAGUGCCUUCCCAGCUGGUCCAGAAGAGUGAUUCCCCUAUUGCAGCAGUCUUCUUGGGGCCAGCAUCACAGCUUCCUCCUCCCCCAGUGGUCUUUGGAGAGCCCAUGCAGAAUGUGUCCCCAUUGGUCCAGAUGCCCAGCCCCACAGCCGUGAGUGCCCCCAGGAGAGGGCUAGGGGACAGCAGCGCCAAGGUACCAAUGUGCUCUGGUUCCCCACAGCCUCCCCAGUUUCCCUCAGCACCCAGUCUCCUUCCAGAAGCCAGCCUGUCCUGUGAGCACUCAGAGGUGCCCAGGGUCAGUGGCCUUAACACCAGUACCCAAGAUCCCACGGCCUGGGCAGAGGCUGCUGACAUGCACACAGUGGUCAGUAAUGGCCAUGUGCUUGCCCACAAGUCGACUGAGAUGCCUGUGGCUCUUGAUGCUGGCUCCUGCAAGCAUUUUCUCCCAGACCCAAUUCUGAGGCUCAAGGGUGUCAUUGGCUUUGGGGGUCACAGCACCAAAUGGGCCCUGUGGACCAAGGAUGGGACGUCUGUUGUUUACCCCUGCCAUGCCGUCAUUGUUGUCCUGCACAUUGACACUGGGGAGCAGCGCUUCUUCCUGGGCCACACAGACAAGGUCUCUGCCCUGGCCCUGGAUGGGAGUAGUGCACUGCUGGCCUCAGCCCAGGCACAGCCCCCCAGCGUGGUGCGGCUCUGGGACUUCCAGACUGGGGGAUGCCUGUCCCUGUUCCAGAGCCCAAUGCAUACCAUCUACUCCCUCAGCUUUUCUGGCAGCGGAGCUCUUCUCUAUGGCGUUGGCAAGGAUGGCCAUGGCAGGACGGUGGUGGUGGCUUGGAGCACCAGCCAGGUGGGCCGUGGUGGCCAGGUAGUGGUUCUCGCCAAGGUGCACACUGACCUUGACAUCCAGGCCUUCCGGGUUGCCUUUUUUGAUGGAACCAGGAUGGCCUCCUGUGGGCGAGGCAGCCUCCGGCUGUGGCGGCUGCGAGGUGGGACGCUACGCUCUUGUUCCGUGGACCUGGGAGAGUACUGUACACUGGAGCUCACUGACCUUGCCUUCGUGCAGGCCCAGGAUGGCCACCGAGCACCUUUGGACUACACACUCUAUGUAUGCAGCCGUAAUGGCCACAUCUUGGAGAUUGACCACCAGCGCAUGGCUGUGAGGUGCAUUCGCCGCCUGCUGCCCUCACGGACCCCUGGCAGCUCCCUCCCCCAAAAGUCAACUUUCAGCUCAGGUCUGGGCAUUGCCAUCAGCAGCCUCAGCAUCUCCCCAACUGUUUGCGCUGUGGGUUCUGAGGACGGCUGUCUGCGACUCUGGCCCCUGGACUUCUCAUCACUGCUCCUGGAGGCAGAGCAGGAAGGCCCUGUCAGCUCCGUCUGCUUCAGCCCCGAUGGCCUGCGUGUGCUGUCCACCACCUCCUCAGGCCACCUGGGCUUCCUGGACAUCCCAUCCCAGGAGUACACUGUGCUGGCACGCUCCCACAUGGCCCCCGUGCUGGCAAUCUCCACAGAGCGGAGCCGUGGACAGCUGGCUACUGUGUCCUUGGACCACACUGUCCGCAUCUGGGACCUGGCCACCCUACGGCAGCUGUAUGACUGCACGUCCUCUGAUGAGGCCCCCAGUGCUGUUGCCCUCCACCCCAAGAGCCCAGCCGUCUUCUGUGGCUUCAGCAGCGGGGCUGUGCGCUCCUUCAGUCUGGAGACAGCUGGGGUCCUGGCAGAACACACGUGUCACCAUGGAACCAUCACUGGCCUGGUUGUCACCCCCGAUGGCAACUUCCUGUUCAGCUCCUGUUCCCAGGGCUCCCUGGCCCAGUACAGCUGUGCUGUCUCCCAGUGCCCCGUCCUCUGUGUAGCAGUGAACGCGGUGUGCCAGGAUGCCCACCCAGGCCCCAAUACCCUGGCAGUCAGUGGGGACAGCCGCCUGCUGGCCUUCGUGGGCCCCUCUAAGUACACAGUGACAGUCAUGGACUCAGCCUCCCUGAACGAGCUGCUGCGGGUUGAUGUCAGCACCCUGGAUCUGGCCAGCAACCACCUGGACUGGGCUGUGGCCAUCUGCUUUGGGCCUGCAGCCCUGGGCCACCUCCUGGUGUCCAUCUCAUCUGACAAGGUUGUGGUUCUUGAUGCCUUGUCAGGACGCACCAUCCGGGAGCUGCCCAGUGUCCGUCCCAUAGCCUGCUCCUCCCUGGCCCUCAGUGAAGAUGCCCACUUCCUGCUGACAGCCACCAGCCGGGCCAUCAGGGUGUGGAAUUACUGGACACAGGCUGACUCCAGCUGCCAGGUGUACAUUGGCCACUCAGAGCCAGUGCAGGCUGUGGCCUUCACCCCAGACCAGCAGCAUGUACUCAGCGUCGGGGACGCCAUCUUUCUCUGGGAUGUCCUGGCCACCCCUGACAGUGGCCGAAGCAUGCCCAGAGUGCCCCUAGCCCAUGACGUUGGCCCAGGUCCCGGGCAGCUGGAGGGUCCAGCAUGUGGGGCCGACAGGCUCCCCGGGCAGCUGGAGGGUGCAGCAUGUGGGGCCGACGGGCUCCCCCGGCAGCAGGUGCCUGUGCCAUCUCAGGGACCCCCACCGAGGCUGGACAUGUGUGCCAUGCCCCCUGAGGGCAAUGAUGGUGAGAGGCAGGGGUCCUGGGGCCCCAGGGAGGUGCAGAUGGGCAGGUGGUGUGGGUUCCUCUUCCUCUUGCUGCCCCCAGGUACGUUCUGCAUGUCGAAUGAGGAAGAGCUCUGCAAGGAGAGCCAGGGCCCACCCGUGCUUGUGGAGAGGGAGACUGGUGGGGCUGGCAGUGCGGCCUGGGGGUCUGUGAGGAGAUCCCAAGGACUCUUCAUGUCUCCCCUUUGCCACAGCUGGUCCAGUACCCGGAGCAUCCAGGAAGCGAGGGCUCAGCCUCUAGCCCGCCCAGAUUCCUACAAGCACUUCACAGCUCGCUAUAAGGCCUCCACACUGGCCGAGGUUAGCACCUCCUUCCCUCCCGAGGGUGCCAAGCAACUGCGCCUGAGAACCGUGGUGGGCUACAAUGGGAACGGGCGGGCCAACAUGGUCUGGAAGCCGGACACAGGGUUCUUUGCCUAUACCUGCGGCCGCCUGGUGGUGGUGGAGGACCUGCACUCUGGUGCCCAGAAGCACUGGCUUGGCCACCCUGAAGAGAUCUCCACACUGGCUCUCAGCCACAACUCCCAGGUCCUGGCUUCUGCAUCUUGCUGCAGCAGCGCAGCCGCCCGCUGCCAGAUCCGCAUCUGGGAUGUGCCUGGGGGCCUCUGCCAGCAGCUCAUUUCUCACCACAACACUGCCGUGCAGGCACUGGCCUUCUCACCAGAUGACAAGCUUCUUGUGUCACUGGGGGACUAUGGUGACUGCACACUGGCCUUGUGGAGCACAGCCACCUAUGAGCUCGUGUCCUCUGCCUGCCUCCUGGAGUCCAUGCAUGGUGUGGCCUUUAACCCCUGGGAUGCCAGUGAGCUUACCUGCGUGGGCACAGGUUCUGUUGCCUUCUGGUUCCUGCAGCAGCGUGGAGCAGACGUGAACCUCCAGAUGCACAGAGAGCCAGUCCCUGAGGAGGUGGGGGCAGUGGAGCUUACCGCACUCUGCUAUGGGGCUGCUCCCCUGCUGUACUGUGGCUCCAGUUCUGGCCAGGUCUGUGUCUGGGACACGUGUGCUGGCCGCUGCUUCCUGGCCUGGGAGGCAGAUGAUGGCGAGAUUGGGGUACUGCUGUGCUUGGGUUCGAGGCUGGUCAGUGGUAGCAACACUAAACGGCUGCGCCUGUGGUCCGUGGGGGCUGUGCCAGAGCUGAGACGCAAGGGCUCUGGUGCCAGGUCCAGCUCUGUGUUCAUGGAACGCGAGCUGACCCUGGAUGGGGCUGUGGUGAGUGCCAGCUUCGACAGCAGCAUGGACAUGGGCAUCGUGGGCACCACGGCUGGCACACUGUGGUAUGUCAGCUGGGCUGAGGGAAGUAGCACCCGCCUCGUCAGCGGCCACAGGAGCAAGGUGAACGAGGUGGUCUUCAGUCCAGACGAGUCUCACUGUGCCACAGGGGGUGAGGACGGCAGUGUACGGGUGUGGUCCUUGGCCAGCAUGGAGCUGGUGAUUCAGUUCCAGGUGCUGAACCAGAGCUGCCUCUGUCUUGCAUGGAGCCCCCCAUCCUGUGGACAUCCAGAGCAGCAGCAGGUGGUGGCCGGCUACAGCGAUGGCACACUGCGCGUAUUCAGCAUUGCCCGUACCUCAAUGGAGCUCAAGAUGCAACCCCACCGGGCUGCCCUUAUGGCCCUGGCCUUUUCCACUGAUGGUCAAACCAUCCUCUCUGGAGACAAGGAUGGGGUUGUGGCUGUGAGCCGCCUCCGCACAGGGAUAACCUUUCGUGUGUUGAGUGACCACCAGGGUGCCCCCAUCUCUACCAUCCAGAGCACAAGUAAAAAGUAUGGAGAUCUAGGGGUGGAGGGCACAGACCUGUGGCUGGCUGCUAGCGGGGACCAAAGGAUCAGCGUCUGGGCCUCUGACUGGCUUCGGGAUUGCUGUGACCUCCUGGACUGGUUAAGCUUCCCAGCACCUGCCACCUUGGAGGCCUCAGGCCUCCCUCCACCCUCCCUUGCUGCCUUCUGCCCUUGGGAUGGGGCACUGCUGGUGUGCGUGGGCCUCGGUGCACAUGAAGAGGUGGUCUUCUACAGCCUCCGCCAGAAGCAGGUAGUGGAGAAGAUGUCAUUGCCCUUCUUUGCCAUGUCCCUGAGCCUGUCUCCAGGGGCACGCUUCAUAGCCAUUGGCUUUGCUGAAUGCACACUGAGGCUCUUGGACUGCAUGUCAGGGGUAGCGCAGGACUUCACUGGCCAUGAUGACUCUGUGCAUCUGUGCAGGUUCACCCCAUCUGCCAGGCUGCUCUUCACAGCUGCCCACAAUGAGAUCCUGGUGUGGGAGGUCAUGGGCCAUGGAUGCAGAGUGACUGCAGUCUUAGGUCCCUGAUGGCCUGCUGGGCACCUACAGAAAAGCCAGGUUGGGAUCGUGGCAUGCAGAGCCAGAUGGCCUGGACAGGCUGGGACUCUAAGUCAUCAGCACCAAGCUCCUUUGAAUUCGAGUGACCAGAACAGACAAUAGGGCGUGGGAUGUAGCUCAGUGGCAGAGACUUGUCUAGCAUGUUAUGAGGCCCUGGUUUCUAUCCCCAGCACUAAAAACAAAAACAAAAAGACCUGUUGCCUUUUACUCUAAGGAGUUGUUGAUGUUCCUAUCUUUUAGAAUUUAAAUAAACAUGCACAUUUAUUACAUUGUG